AUGACCGUGCCUGCUCCUAUCAGCUACGACGAAUCCGCCCGAAAGGUAUCCAUCGCCAAGGACGCCUCGCUGACCCCCGAGUACAAGAAGGAGCUGCAGAUCGAGCUCGACAAGCUCAACUCCUUCGCCAAAGAGAUGGUUGCAUGCCCAGGAUCGAUUCCUCCUCCUCCCAACGAGGCCAACCGAAACCUGGCCAUCCAGGUCGCCAAGCUGCGGGACUCCGGCGCUAUGCAGUUCAAGGCCGGCAAGCCCCAGGAGGCUCUGACCCAGAUCAACAUGGCUCUGGACAUGGCUCUCAAGCGACCUCUGUACGAGGCCACUGGAGCUGCCAUUGCCGAUGUUUCUGAGGUGCUGGCUUACCGAUGCGACAUCAACAUGGUGCUGGGUAACUGGGCCGCGGCCUACGCCGAUGCUGAACUUCUGUGUCUCAUCAAGCCCCAGAUCCCCCAGAACUACCUCCGAAAGGGUAAGUGUCUGCAGACAGCCACAAAGUACCUGGAGGCCAAACAGGCAUACCAAAGCGGUCUCAUGUACGCCGCCGAGGACAAAAUUUUGUUGGGUGCCCUCUCUGAGGUCGAGGCAAUGCUGGCCUAA